UGUGUUUAGGGUUGUACAAAAAAAAAAGUGCUUGUCGUCGUCUCUCACUGAAACCCAAAUCGCCAAUAUGAUGCGGUUCUCUCCAAUUCCACCAUUACUCUCACAGUUGAGACUGGCUCGGAGAGCAGCAGCAUCCGCCUCUUCGCGUUUCUCCUCCACGGUCUCUGCCCCUUACCCUAACCUCUCAGACUGUGAACAGCAGGUGAAUAACAACUUCGAUUUCAGUCUCUCCAAUAUCAAUCAAACCGGCCUUCUCCGAGUCCUCAACAGUGCCAAAGACGACCCAAACCUCGCUCUCUCGUUCCUCCGCCAGCUCAAACAAAACGGGGUCCCGCUUAACCUCAACGCGUACGCAGCUCUCGUCAGAAUCCUCUCCCGCUGGCGGUUAGACAGGAAGUUAGAUUCGGUGCUGGUCGAAGUAAUUACGAACGAGGAGGAGCGUGGUUUCUGCGUGAUGGAGCUGAUGGAAGCAAUCGGGGAAGAAGAAGGUGCUGACUCCUCUAACUUCCUCUUGGCUCGAGUCUCCGGCGCCUUGGUUAAAGCCUACGUCGGCCUCGGUAUGUUCGACGAAGCUAUAGAUGUCUUGUACCAGAGCAGACGCCUGGGCUGCGUCCCUGGCAUCAAGUCGUGCAACUUCUUGAUGAACCGUUUGGUCGAGUUCGGUAGAACCGAUAUGGUGGUGGCUCUUUUCCGCCAGCUUAACCAGCUUGGCCUGCCCGCGAACGACUACACUUACGCGAUUGUGGUUAAGGCCUUGUGUCGAAAACGCGAUUUGGACGGAGCCGCGAGGCUGCUCGAAGAGACUUCCAGCGUGUUUGCUUAUACGACUUUUAUUGAAGGGCUUUGUUUGAACGGCAAGACAGAGAUGGCUUUUGCUUUGAUUGACGACCUGGUAGAUGCGAAAGCUCUCUCUGGUGACGCGCUUGGGUUCGCGUUCGGGAUGCUGGUUCGCGGAUUCUGCAAGGAGAUGAAUGCAGAAGCCGCGGAACAAGUUAUUUUCAAAAUGGAGGAGUUUGGUAUCGGUCCUGAUGUUUACGCUUGCUCGGAGAUUAUCGAUUUGUACUGCAAAAGCUUGGAGUUGGAUAAAGCUUUGAGAAUCGUGGAUGCGAUGCUGCAAAAGGGACUGAGGAUCAACUGCGUGAUCGUGAGUUCGAUCCUCCAUUGCUACUGUAAGAUGGGAGCGUUGCGUGAGUCCGCGAUGUGGCUGGGAGCGUUGAAAAGGUUCCAAGAGUUCAAAGAGAUGGAUGUUUUCCUGGACGAGGUGUGUUACAACGCCGCGUUCGAAGCUCUUAGCAAGCUCGAGAGAGUGGAGGAAGCUAUGAAGCUGCUCGAAGAGAUGAUGGAUAAAGGAAUGGUUCCUGAUGUCGUCAACUACACGACUCUGAUCGACGGCUACUGCCUUCAAGGCAGAUUCGCCGAUGCGCUCGAUUUGUUUGAUGAGAUGAGAGCAAAGGGCACGGAUCCUGAUGUGAUCACGUACAACGUGAUUGCCGGUGCGCUCGCCAGGAACGGUCAUAGCGAAAAGGCGGUUGAGAUUUACAUAGCUAUGAGAAAUGAAGGUGUAGAGCCCACUGCUGUGACCCACAGUGUGAUCAUCGACGGCCUCUGUUCCGCGGGUAAAUUAGAAGAAGCCAGAGAGUUCUUCACGAGUCUUGAAGACAAGUGCCCCGAGAAUUACGCCAGCUUGGUGAAAGGCUAUUGUGAUUCCGGCCUUGCUAAAGACGCCUAUAGAAAAUUUGUUGAGCUAAACUCUCCUCUGCCCAAGAACCUGUGCUUUAAACUGUUUACCGCUCUCUGCGACGAGGAUAAUAAGAAUUGUCAGGGCAAAGCUCUGAGGGUGCUGAAAAGGAUGUGGGCUUAUGGAGUCGAACCCGCGAGGAGCAUGUACGGUAAAAUGAUAAGUAAGGUAGAUAGCGUGAGGGAAGCCGAGCUGGUGUUUGACAAAAUGGUUGGGAGAGGAAACCUCCCUGAUCUCGUUACUUAUACGAUCAUGAUUCAGACGUACUCUAGGCUAAUGGAGUUGCAGAAAGCCAGUGAUCUUUUCGAAGCGAUGAAGCAGAGAGGGAUAAAACCUGAUUUGAUAAUAUACACGGUUUUGUUUCAUGGUUAUCUGAGGUUGGAUAGAGAGAUGGGUUGCGUUCUUCGAGGAGAAGCGAAACAGAUUUGGAAAAAGUUAGGAGCUGCUUGUAUAGAACCAGACGUUAAGAUGUAUACUGUUCUGAUGAAUCACCAUUGCAAGAUUGGCAACGUAGAUAUCGCCACGGACAUCCUUUAUCGAAUGAUAGAGUGUGGGCUGAAGCCUGAUAAUGUGACCUACAAUGUUCUAAUAUCUGCUUGUCAUCGCAAAGGAUGCACAGAUGCACUUGUUACCGAGUUGUCAGGAAAGGAUAUUACACUGCCUGAACAUUUGUUUGCUGUAGUUAAGCGUGCUAUGAAGACCAGGAGAUCUCAGUAUCGGAAAUGAAGAGUGUAUAUUUGAAAGGUCAAGCAUGGAUUUGCAAGUGAUCUAUAUAUUUAAUUUUGCAUCUUAUUUGGAGGCAAAAAAAGGUAGAAUUCAAAACAUUGAGAGAAAUCAAAAGACUACACCGGGCAUGAGUACUCUUGCUGUAUGGGAACCAGAGUCUGAGGAGGAGCCACAGAAAUAGCUGCAUGUUAUCCACUUAUAUGACUGAAAACCAGGAUCUACGUGUAUGUAUCUCACAAAACCCAUGGAUAUGCUGGGGGCAAGUCUGUUGAUGUUGACGGAUACAAAUCUCCCCUCCACUUGACCGUAUCUUGAUUCACCGUUUUAGAAGAUGAUAUGUUCCGUAGGGUCGUCUUCUUAAGGCAGUGAUGAGCUUGGGAGUAUAACAAAGUUGAAGAACCCGAAGCUGAGUUGGGAGGAAAUGUUCUGGAUGUACACAUACCGUGUACGUUUUUUUUUACACUUUUCCUUAUGUUUGAUAUUUGUACUGGGUCUGACAUGAGACCUUCUUCUCUGAUAUCUGAUAUCAUGAUUAACACUUGUUGACUGUUGAGCAAUCGUUAUCGGUUUGGAUUUUAUCAAUA